AUGUCCGCUUUUCCAUCAGAUUACAAUCCGAUUCCGUUUGAUCAUACAUACGUCUUGUAUGACCCUAACGACAUAAUAUCCAUAUUGUCGGUUCACUUGUCGUUGCUUCCCAUCUACGUGAUGGUGUUCUAUACCUCGUGGUUUCUCAUAACAAGAGAGAUAGAACCUGUAGUUGUGGUAGGCGGCCAUUUGGUAGGUGAAGUCUUGAAUAAGAUCGUCAAGAGAAUUAUUAAACAGCCCAGACCAGAUUUUCACAAGGAAUUUGGUAGUGGCUCCUUUAGCUUGGGAUAUGGUAUGCCCUCGGCUCAUUCACAGUUUAUGGGCUACUUUGCUGCGUACUUCAUUUGCAUAGUCCUUUUUAAGGUCAAGCAUUUGAGGAGAUACCAGCGUUUCCUAGGCUGUGCCUUUCUUGUAGUUGCAUCUAUCUUAGUUGCUUCUUCUAGAGUGUAUUUGUUGUAUCACACCGUCCAGCAGGUAGUUGUAGGUGUUAUGCUUGGUGCAUUGUUGGGGUUGGUUUACUUCAUAGCUACCACCUUUGCUAGAGAUAUAGGACUAGUUGAUUGGGUGUUGCUGUGGCCCAUAGUUAACUACUUCUACAUUAAAGAUUCGUAUUUUCACUGCUACCAAACGUUCAGGGAUGAAUACGAUACGUUCUUGCGGAGCAAGUCGAAAGGCUCUAUCAAGAAGGUGUAA